GGUAACUGUUCAGAGUGUAUUAUGUAAGCACAGUUGUGUCAUCACCACCACCCCAACUCAGACAAGCCACUUUAACCCAUUCGAUGUGCCAAUUGCCGCGUGCCAUAAGCUAUGAAACCCUGUGACCGUCGGAAAAGUACACGCCAUGGUUCACGAGAUCUUCCGGGAUCGGUCACGCCCGAGAGCAAGACAGAGGUUUAUAGAGAGUAUACGAUAUUUUGCUGAGGUCAUGGAGGUCACAGUUUUAUCAUCGAGGCACUGCAAGAUGGCUAGGUGGGCGAGGGCUCGUCCAGGAGUCGGGGGCAAUUGGUUCGCGCGAGGGAGGUUUGCCUAAGCAGUUGGCGAUACAGUGCUGGUGGGCAGUAUGAGCCUCUCCAAUUUCUCUGUGCCUGGUAUACUUCAAGUCGGAUCAAAGGGAUAUUAGCAGCGCCAUCGGCAUGUCUAUCCGCAUGCCGUGCCCUGAUUGCUUGAGUCUAUCUUGAACAGCACGUUAGACUACCACGCUUUGUCCGUACCGCCUCAAGACAUAAGUGAAAUGGCUCCUCAAUAUGGAAGCAUCAUUUUCGAUGUUGAUUCCAAUAUCCACCCAGAUUUCUUGAUGAAAACCACUGAGAAUUCAAUUGCAAUCAUGGGAGGAUGAGGCUCAUAUGAAUAGAUGUGUGG